AGCUAACAACCAUGGCCGAGGAAGGCCAGACAGUGCAGAAUGCAGGAGAGCCAACAAUUGAAGAUCUUCUACAAAAGACGCUUAUUUUAGUAUCACAACAGGACUAUGAAUUGGCGUUGAAAUUCUCUGAGCGUAUACUCGAAGUACAAGAGAAUAACCCGGACGGUCUACAAUUCAGAUCACUUUGUAACUUAGAACUGGGAAAUCCUGAAGCAGCAUAUGAAGAUUUCUAUAGAUUAGCACACUGUGGUGAAUUAGAGAGAGAAGUCGAUGCGAAGCUCUAUUUAGGACAAAUGGCAGAUGGUGGAAAAGACUCCCUGGAGUGCUUCACAAAUGCAUUUGAAAGUAUAAGUCAGCUUAUGCAACAACAACAAAACGAAACUGGCGAAAUCGCCGUUGAGUUGAAGAGAAAGGCUACUGCUACUUUAGUCAGUUUGGCUGAACUUUACAUGACUGAUUUAUGCUUUGAACCUGAAGCACAAGAAGCCAGUUUGGGUUACCUCAACCAGGCACUCUCUAUAGAUAACACUGAUUGCGAUGUACACACAAAUCUAGCUUCACAUAGCAUCUCUUCACAACAGGAACCACUUCAAUGUCUUCAACACGCUAUCAAUUCUUACAAUUGCUGGAAGGAUUUGCAGAUUUCAGACAAUUUAUUCCCUUCAACGGAUUCUAUGCGUUCAUUAUCAAAGGUAUUCGUUGAACUUGGAUCAUUAGGGGAAGCCCUUGAAAUCACAAAGACAGCGCUCGCUGUUGACGAUCAAGAUCCUGAAACAUGGUAUAUCGCUGGAUGGAUUUUAUUCCUCGAAGGCGAAGGUCAAAUAACUCCAUUAGAAGGUAGCAAUCAUGCUACACCUAGACCAAAAGAGAUCGCCUGGCCUGAAUCAAAAUUCGCAUUAGAGAGUUGCGCAAAGAUAUAUGAACAAAUAGAGUACGAUGACCAACCACUCCUUGAACAUGUCAAGGAAUUGAUCAGCAUAUUAAACAACUCCUCCAUCGAAGCUAAGACAUUCGACGACGCAGAGGACGAUAAUGAGGAGGGUGACGGUGAUGAGUGGCUCAGUGAUGACGAGCAAGGUGAUAUGCAAAUAGAUAACUAAUUUAAUGAUUGUACUUUUCUCAAUGGAUUUAUUUUCUGAAUGAUGUUAAGAAAUGCAUGGUAUAUCAUAAAAUAUUUCUAGUUUUCAACCUUUUCGGUUACUUUUUCAACUGUUUCAACUUUACCGAAACCACCUGUGCUACCGAAUCCGCCUGCACCGCGUACAGUUUCGUCGAGUUCUUCGACUUCUUCAACUGGGAAGCUUUCGAUCUUUUCUAAGAUGAGUUGAG